GGCGGCUGCCUCUCUUUCUCCUCUCGUUCAUAUGCAGCUGCGCCAUCUCCCCAUUGUCCGUUGACGGAAGGUAACAUCACCGCCACCGAACCUCCACUGGACUAAAUUAUCACGACGCUGUUGAUCACGAGGACUAUUGUUCGCUUUUUUGCUGCUGUCUUGAGUUGCACGAAGCCUCAGCACGGCGAGCGACGCUGCGUUUGUUCCAUCCAAUAGCGUUAGCGAGGUUUGAGCUUAGCAAGUGCUAACAAAGAGGCCAAUUGAAGUCCGCCAUCGUGUUGAGACCUGGUUACAAGGAAAGCAAAAUGGAAGACACAAAAUACCUACCGGAGCUCCUGGCCGAGAAGGACAGCUUGGAUUCAUCUUUCACCCACGCCAUGAAGCUUAUUUCUGCUGAGAUUGACAGGAUCCAAAAAGGUGAACCUAAGAAAGAACAAGACAAAGAGAAAUACUUGGACCUCUUCGCUACAAAAACUCUGCAGCUCAAAGAGCGUGUACUUAUACCAUCCAAGCAGUAUCCCAGGGUCAACUUUGUCGGCAAGCUAUUGGGGCCACAGGGUAGUACCAUCAAGAGGCUACAAGAGGAAACUGGUGCAAAAAUUUCAGUUUUGGGAAAAGGUUCCAUGAGGGAUAAGACUAAGGAGGAAGCGCUACGUAAUGGUGGUGAAGCAAAGUAUGCUCACCUUGCAUUGGAGUUGCACGUUUUCAUUGAAGUGAUGGCGCCCAUCCCAGACGCCUACCUUCGCAUGGCUCAUGCGAUGGAUGAGGUCAAAAAGUUCCUGAUCCCAGAACCUGGUGAGUAUGACCCAUAUAUGGACCCCCAUUUCCUGAAUGGCUCUCACGACGGUUCAGCCAGGGGACGUGGCGGGCCUAUGGGAAGAGGCCGAGGUGUACCACCAGGUCCCGGGCCAAGAGGGCGUGGACUUCCCCGCGGUGGUCCUCGUGGGACCAUGCGCGGUGGCGGCCCACGAGGAGGAGUAAGUCGGGGCAAUUCUCGAGGCGGGCCAGCUGGUAGAGGUGGACCCACGACUCCCACUCGAGGAGGUUCCGCCUCACGGUCCAGACCCCUUGCUACCGGGGCACCGAGGAUGCUCCCCGCCGCUGCCCUUUCACACCAGCAAGUCCCCCCGUCGGGCUCCCAAGCCAAACCUGAGUCCUAUGAAGACUAUCCUGCUUAUGAGGAUUCAUAUGCAGAGCCAGCCUAUGAGGGAUAUGAAAAUUAUUAUAGCCAACAACCUUUACCCACGGAUACUGAGUAUUAUGACUACGGUCAUGGAGAGCCCCAGGAAGCCGCCUAUGAGCAAUAUUCCCAGGAGGACUGGGAGGGCGCAUGGGCCGCCUCUGCAGCCGGAGGCAAGGCUGCUCCGGCGAGGCAGGCAAAAGGAGCCUAUCGAGAGCAUCCCUAUGGAAGAUUCUGAACAGCUACCGGUAGAAGGUUGCCACGGCAACUGCCUUCGAUUGUAACUCACUUAACGUUUCAAAAGUAAUUUCCAUGGUUUUUCCCUUCUCUUUUUAUGGUUUAGUUUUAAUAGUUUCUCAUUUCUACCACAGAUUUUGUUGCACGUGUUCAAUUUUCCGGGAGUAAAAAGUGUGGUUUCCUAGUAACUGUUAAAAUUAGUAGUUGGCGGUUCCAUCGUGACAAACCUCCGAGGCAUUCAUAUUUUAGCAAUAUUUACUGGUUAUGUUUUAAUUGUAUCAUAACAAAAUUAUCGUGGCGAAAGAAAUCUAGCUUCCAUAUUUAGUUCUUACAAACGAAACAAAAGAGCAUAGUUAAUUUGCAGUCUAAAAACAAUUGUUUUAUGGUCCAACACGAAUCUUAUAUAAGAGUUUUUGUCUUCUAAUAGGUCAAUCACAUCUUAUGGUAAUAAAAUACAACAAAAGAAACAAAAAAAGCUUGAUAAUAUGAUUUGUCACAAUUAACUCUCAAAAAUACUGAAAGCCAACCAAAUCUCAAUGUGUGUGCCAGGUGGCUGCAGCCUUCUCAAUAGUUUGUACAUAACUGUAGGACAACUGUGUAUAUUGUAAGACACGUUAAAAAAAAAAAAUGCUUGUGUACGUUUGGCUAAAUAGAAUUCUAAACGCGUUUAUCCAAAUGUCUUUCUGCAUUGCGUUGUUUUAAUAAAGUUUCUAGUUUUGAGUUUAAACUUGAUUUAAAAGUGGUAUUUUGCCUUUGUUUGUACCAAAAAAAAAAAAAAAAAGAUUUCCAUUGGUGAACAUGUAAAAAUGUAUUUGACGCUGAACAAGCUACCUGUGUACUGUCAGUAAGAUUUUUCUUUAAAGCAAAACAAAACAGUGUAUGGACUUUGAACUAAGUAUUGUUUUUCCAAAUUUCCUAAACUAUACUUGUAAUGUCACUUACAAUAAUAAAGUUCAUCAUUCCACGA